AUGGGUGCAAGAGGACACACGGUAGACGGGGAAACAAGGACUGGCCCUGAGUAUGCCUCUUUUCAAACAUCUAGCGACAUACGCUUUGAAGGAACAGUAGUCGACAUCACGGUAAAGAUUUUCCGUGGAGAUAUAACAAAGGAAAAGGUAGAUGUUGUGGUCAACACUGCAAACAAAGCACUUGAGCAUAGGGGUGGAAUCUCACGUGCUAUUUGCAAGGCUGGCGGAAAGACGAUUCAAAAGGAGUCCCAGGAAUAUGUGAAAAAGCAUGGAACGCACGGGAUACCAGUGGACGUUUGCGCCGAACAACUGAUGUUGGCAACAGUGAACUUCGCCCAGUCUCCUCCCCAAAACAACACACUUCGUGACAUCAGGUUUGUCAACAUUGACGACCAACUCAAUGCCGUAUUUGUUCGAACAUUCAGCGGCGGACUAUCAUCAAACCCCACUGAUGCUCAACCGUCUGAAUCCACCGACGACAGCGACUGUCCAAUCUGCAUGGACAAAGCUGCACAGCCGAGAAUGCUCGAUUGCUGCGGCAAUGAAUUCUGUUCUGAUUGUAUUGACCAAGCUUUUGAAAUCAAACCCGUGUGUCCUAUAUGUGGUCAUCAGUAUGGGGCUCUGAAAGGCACUCAGCCAAUAGGAGGCACGAUGGAAGUCAUGGAGAGCUCGCAAUCCCUUCCAGGUCACCCCGACUGUGGGAGAAUACAGAUUCACUACUCUGUACCCAGUGGCACACAGGAGGAAUGCCACCCAAAUCCAGGGAAACCAUACAGAGGAACAGAGCGAGACGCCUUCCUACCGGACAAUACAGGGGGACGAGAAGUUCUCCGGUUGCUGAAGAAGGCCUUUGACAAUCGCCUAGUCUUCACCGUAGGGACAUCAGUGACAACCGGCGAGACGGAUGUUGUUACUUGGAACGACAUUCACCACAAAACAAGCCCGUACGGCGGGGCAUCAAACUAUGGAUACCCAGAUCCAGGUUAUCUCCAAAGAGUUACUGAAGAGCUUGCUGCAAAAGGAAUAAGAUGA